AUCUGGUUUUGUCUGGAAUGAUUCACAUAAAAAGUCCUGCUGGAGCCGUCAGUUGUUUUUGAACAAGCAAGAGAUGAAACCGGUUCUUGUUUUCCUGUUGGUUGUCACAACUGCAUCUGGGUGUGGCGUUCCCAGUCACAGCCGGGUGGUGAAUGGAGAAGAAGCCCAACCUUACAGCUGGCCAUGGCAGGUUUCUUUGGAGUCCUUCUACCCAACCUGUGGAGGAACACUUGUUGCUCCUGACUGGGUCUUGACUGCAGCACAUUGCAUCACAUUCCACACAUAUAGGGUGGUUCUUGCUGAACAUGACAUGAACAAGGAAGAAGGACCUGAACAAUCCAUCAUGGUCUCCAAAAUGUUCCUCCACCCCAAAUGGAACGACAACUGUGUUUCUUGUGGGAACGACAUUGCCCUGCUUAAACUGCAGAAGAGCGCUGAUGUUAAUGACAAAGUUCAGCCAGCUUGUCUUCCCCAGCAUGGAGCUUCCCUCAGCCCCAACCAGCCCUGUUACAUCACAGGCUGGGGUCGCCUCUACUCCGGUGGCCCUCGGGCAGCGACGCUACAGCAGGCGCUGCUACCUGUGGUGGAUCACAGCGUCUGCAGUCAAAGUGAGUGGUGGGGAAGCUCGGUUAAAACAACAAUGGUCUGUGCAGGAGGAGAGAGCAAAUCAGCGUGCCAUGGUGACUCUGGAGGCCCUCUGAGUUGUGUGGGUCGAGACGACAAAUGGUAUGUCGAGGGAGUGACUAGCUUUGUGGACGGACGUGGGUGCAAUACCCCUAAAAAACCAACAGUCUUCACCCGGGUGGCCUCUUUCAUCCCCUGGAUCAGUGAGACGAUGGCCCAAAACUAAGAAAACAACCACAACUGAAGACAUGAAUAAACUGUUAUUACAUUUUCAUGUUCAUGUUAAGUGAAUUUAUUAAAUAUACAGAUUUUGA